AUGGGUGGAGGAGUGGGCGGAGGCAUCGUCGAGUGGCGUUCGACAUAUCCAGUGGCAGUUCGGGAUAGGGGCGGCCGGGGCGGAGGCACCGAGGCCGAUCGGCCAAUAGAGGGCGAGCAACUACUGGAGCGACCUGGUGACGUGAGGAGCGUUCCAUUUGGCCAGCGGUGGGCGGUUGCCACAGCUGGUUUAGGGCCCCGACCACUGGGGCCCCUUGUCAGGAGGAGACAGCCUCCCGGCCCGGGGAAGAGAAGUCGCUGCCACCUUUGGCAGCCGACGCGAUCCCCUGGGACGGUCCUCUUCCUGCCGUCAGCGGCCGGCCGAGUUGGGUCUCCGUGGUUCAGGCCGGCUCCCCCUUCGUGGUCUCCCUUCUCCCGCUGGGCCGGUUUAUCGGGAGGAGAUUAUCUUCCAGGGCUAGCAGUUGGACUUUUGAUGAUGUUUGACCCAGCGGCAGGAAUAGCAGGCAACGUGAUUUCAAAGCUGGGCUCAGCCUCUGUGUCUUCUCUUGUGUAAUCGCAAAACCCAUUUUGGAGCAGGAAUUCCAAUCAUGUCUGUGAUGGUGGUGAGAAAGAAGGUGACACGGAAAUGGGAGAAACUCCCAGGCAGGAACACCUUUUGCUGUGACGGCCGCGUCAUGAUGGCCCGGCAAAAGGGCAUUUUCUACCUGACCCUUUUUCUCAUCCUGGGGACAUGUACGCUCUUCUUCGCCUUUGAGUGAGUUUUGGUUGAGUAGAGUUGCCUGAUUAUGGUUACUUUGGGUCUAGGGGAAGAACCUGCUUUCUGGGGAGUUUGAGGCUGGUCCUU